UAGUAGGCGUCGCCAGCGAAUGCGCGCGCGAAACCCCCCCAAUCCGCGUUUCCUAGGAAACGCGGCCGAACCGCGACUGGAUUUCCAUGGAAACGCGAGCCCGCGAACGCGCGCUUUUCGCGGCCACGGCAGCCCACGCAUGCUGCUCGCCAUUUUGCGCGUGGUCUUUCGUUGCGUUGGUUGACUUUGGUGAGUGAGUGAGUGCAAAGCGUGCGCGUGGUCGAAAAUUUUCCCGCGAUGGAAUACAAUCUGCGUACCGUGACAAAAUCGUGCGAUAAGUACAAAAAGCUGCGAUUUCCGUUGAAAAUCUGGAUUCUGGUGAACGCUAGCGGAAAUAAGUUCCUCUACUGGGACGCGACGGAAACCGUGGUCGUGGUGGUUCGCGAUGCGCUGGAGCUGUACCUGGCUUCGGCCGGUUCGAUUUUCUGCUUCCACAAGUUGGCCACCUUCUUCUGGCUGAUGGACUUCAACGGGUUCGAGCUGGACGGUGGCUUCGGGGAGGAUAAAAUCGUCUUGCAGUACCGGCAUUUUUCCUUCACGCGGGAGAAUCGCGCUUAUUUUGAGCAGCUGCUGCGGAGUCCGGAACAACGGGAGGUUAGCGCGCGGGAAGGUAACUGUUCCGUUCAUCGUACGAAAAUUCUGAAACGAGGCGAUGCGGAUGCAAACGCUCAGUCCCGGUUGUCGUCCAGUGCAUUUGCCCAGGAAAAGUUCAAUCUGCUGAUGGAGAUGAAGUCGUUGGAGCUGUCGGUUCGGGAAGCGUACAGUAGCCUGGCGAAGUCGGGGGACAGCGAUGGAAUGGUACCGAUCAUUGAGGUGCCGGAUAAGUAUUGCGACGAACCGGUGGCCUGCGUUCCGGAGUACACGAGCAAGCGAAUCGUUGCCGGGAACUACGGGCGGGCCAAUUUGGAGGAUUUGAAGCGAUUCUUCGGGGAUUACCUUCCGGUGUAUGAGGAUUCUCCUGAUACCAUGGAAUCGGAACCCUCGGAAGAACCGAAGCCAACGACCGCAGAACCGAAAGAAGAAGACGCGUCUGAGAUAUUGGUUACCUCAUCGCCAGAACCAACGGAUCCGGCAGAACCGGUACCACCCUUACUGGAAGAAAAACCGGAGCCGAUCAAUACGCUGGAAACGUUCGACUAUCAGGACAUCAAACAAUCGGAUUCGGUUGUUAAAUGUGACCUGGAGAAUGUUGUGCCGCCGGUCAUUAUCGGUGGGGUGGAUCUACCGUUGCCCAGUUUUGAAAACGGUGCGGAAGAAUUUGCACAGGUGCAUGCUGGUACCGGUAGCGUGGCGGAUGAGCACAUGGACGAAGCACAGUUUCAGCUGUAUUCGGACAUUCGUGAGACUUUUGAGUUGUUGAAUCAAUUUUGAAUUGUAAAUACAUAUUUAGUUUAAGUUGCACUUGAUUGUAAAUGAAACAUGAAUAAAACAGGUGAAAUUGAGUAGAUUUAAAAUUCAUCCAUUAUUAAAAUGUGCCUGAAAACCCGUGGAGAACCCCCUGUAAACUUGGAGACAUAAAUCCCUUGUGGAAACCCUGUAAAAAUCCCUAGAUAAAUUCCAGGAGGAAUCCCUAGAGCAAUUCCUGGAGGAAUCCCUAGAGGGAUUCCGGGAGGGUGUGAAGAAUUAGCAUUAUUUAAAAUUCACGAAAAGAAACUAAAAAAAAUCCAGGAGGAAUCCCUAGUAGGAUUCUGGAAGAAUCUCAAGAGGAUUUCGGAAGGGAUCCCUAGAGGAAUUCUGGGAGAAAUGCCUAGAAGAAUUGCGGGAGAAAUCCCUAGAGGAAUUCCGGGAGAAAUUUCUAGAAGAAUUCCUGGAUGAAUUCUAAGAGAGCCGGAAGAAUUCCUAGAGGAAUCUCUGGAAGAUUUCCUAGAGGAAGUUAUGAAGCAAUUCCUAGAGGAAUUUGUGAAGAAAUUUCUGGAGAAAUCCGCGGAAAAAUUCUUGGAGAAAUCCCUAGAGGAAUUUCGAAAGAAAUCUUGAGAGGAAUUGCUGGAGGAAUCCUUGAAGUAAUAUUUGGAGGAAUCCCUAGUGAAAUUCCGGGAGCAAUUCCUAGAGGAAUUCCGGGAGGAAUCCUUAAAGGAAUUCAGGAAGAAAUCUUUAGAAGAAUGCUGGAUAGAAUCUCUAGAUAAAUUAUUGGAUGAUUUAAAAAAAACUGGAACAAUAUCUAGACAAAAUUUGAGAGGAAUUGGUAGAGGAACUCCAAGAGGAAUCCCUGGAGGAAUUCCAAGAGGAAUUCCUGGAGGAAUUUUGAGAAGAAUCCCUAGAAGAAUUACGAAGGAAUUCGUAGAGAAAUUCGUGGAUGAAUUCCGCGUGGAUGAAUGUGCCGGAAAAACUCAUCUAGGAAUACUUCCGGCUGUCUAAGAAUUCAUCCAGGAAUUCCUUCAGGGGUUCGUUCAGAAAUACAUACUUCCAGAGAUUCCUUCAGGAAUAUUUCCAGAGAUUCCUUCAGAAAUACUUCCAGAGAUUCCUUCAGGAAUACUUCCAGAGAUUCCUUCAGGAAUACUUCCAGAUAGUCCUUCAGGAAUACUUCCAUGGAUUCCUUCAGGAAUACUUCCAGGGAUUCCUUCAGGAGUACUUCCAGGGAUUCCUUCAGGAAUACUUACAGGGAUUCCUUCAGGAAUACU